AUGUAUGUGAACCAAAAGGCUCGUGUUCCAUUGUUGUUAAGAAUGGCAAAGGACGUUGAAGAAAACCCUGGUCCGACAAUAUAUGAUUUAGUUGACCCGAAUGAAACAAUUGCUGCGGAUUUUAGUCAGGGAAAUUCGAGAAAAUUUCGACAAAAUGCUGGUAAUCUAUGUGUGGCCAUGUCGUUGACUGCAAUAAUUCACACUGAACUAAAAAUUAAUAAAUAUAUUAAUAAUUGGGAAUAUUGGACAAUGAACCAUUUUGCUUUUAGCACUACAGUUGCUAAUAUAAAAAGUUCUGAAGAUAGUUUUAAAAUAUUUGAUUCACAUUCAAAAGAUUUAUAUGGCAUAUCACAUCCCUAUGGCAAGUGUUCAGUACUUCUUACUGUUCAAGGUUUAGAAAACCUGUCACUCGAUUUCCAAAAUACUUUAGUCUAUACUUUAGUCAAUACUUUAGUUGAAAUCCAUUGUCGGUGUUGUUAAUUUUGUAUGCUCUGUCUGAUCGUGACUAAAACACCAC